CCAGGAAUUUAUUGGGCGAAGAUCGUUUCUUAUUCGAGGCAGGAGUUGUAGCCGUUGCAGGCAAAGGGAAUAUCCCUUGUGUUCAAAUCGAUGUAAAGUGAGGUAAUUGGAUGCUAUAAAUUGUUUUGGAAGGCAAGAAGCAAUCGCUACCAUACCCUUGCUCAUGGAUAUUUUUUACAUGUGAUGUCAAGCUUUCAAAGUUAUAUUGGCAUAGCAAAAACACUUAACAGAGAUAUGGCUGCAGCACAACAACAAAGAAGCAUGUCUGGACAAUUUUCAAUCAUGGAUGAUGAUGAUAAUUGCACAGAAGGUUAUGAUGAAGAUUUUGACCCACCAGCUACUGCUAUCAUGGAAUGUCCCAUUUGCUUGCUGGUGUUAAGAAAGCCUGUACAAACUGCAUGUGGCCAUCGAUUUUGCUACAACUGUAUACUAAAGGUUAUAAGAGAAGGAAGAAAAAAGUGUCCAGUUGACAACGAGGACAUCAGUGAAGAUCAGAUAUACCCCGAUACGUUUGCCAAACGUGAAAUUGGAAACUUAACCGUUAGAUGUCGGAACUUUGGUGAUGGAAAGUGUCAGUGGAAGGGUCGACUGUUAGAACUGACGCCUCAUUUGCGUGACUGUAUGUAUGAGGUGGUUCCCUGUACGAAUGCAUGUGGCCAAAGUUUGCUGAAAGCUAACCUCCAAAAGCACUUAAAAGAAGAAUGUUUAAAAAGAAUUGAGACGUGUACAUAUUGUCAGAAGAAAGUGGUUUUCAAAGACUUUGAUGAACAUGCUGGAUCUUGUCCAGAAUAUCCAGUACAUUGUCCAAACAACUGCUCGGAUGAUACUUAUCCUAGAAAAAAGCUUGACGAACAUUUGAAAUUUGUAUGUGUUCGAGCAGUGGUGCAAUGCCCCUUCAAUGUUUUUGGUUGUAAAUUCGAAGGGGCUCGUGCUGAUGUCAGCCAACAUUUCGAGAAAUCGCUAAUGCUGCAUAUCAGUGAGUUACUUGCUAAUUACACGGCACUCGCUGGCAAAGUGGACAAAGAAAUUGUUCCCGUGAAAUCUCUUCAAAAAGCAUCUGUACCAGAGCUGUCACAGAAAUUGGUGGAAAUUUCAGGAAAGGUAGAUGCUUUGCAGGCUGGGGUGAUAGAUGCCAAAGAAAGAGGAGACCAGGGAAUCCAGCUCGCAGAGUUGUAUUACUCUAAUCAGAACAGUGUUUUCAGUCAACUCAAGGAGAGUGUGAAAACAUUAACUGAGCGUUUUGAUGCACGAGAGUUUACAAUAGCUGAAAUACAAGCAAAAGUUUGGAACGGUAAUUUUAUUUGGAAGAUCAACAAUUUCGAUAAAUUGUUUCAGCAAGCAAAGUCAAAUGAGGUCCCAGCAAUUCACAGUGUUCCAUUUUACACUGGUAUACCAGGAUACAAAAUGUGUCUUCGAAUAAAUCUCAACGGCGUCGACUCGGGGGCAUCAACACACGUUUCAAUGUUCAUCCAUUUGAUGCAAGGGGAGUUUGACUCAAUACUGCAGUGGCCGUUUCCGGGGCAAAUCAAGCUGAUGGCUGUUGACCAGUCAGAAGAAGAACAGGUUCACGUAACUGAAACGCUCCUCUCAAGGCCUAAUUUACAAGCAUUCAUAAGGCCGCGAACACCGAGAAACCAUAAAGGUUACGGGUAUGUUGAGAUGAUUUCUCAUAUCGUACUGCAUAGCCGCGAGUAUAUAAAAAACAAUUCAAUGAUUGUUCAUGUUUCUGUUUCUUUAAAUGACUGAAAGUAUUUUGUGCAAUGUAUUAUGGAAUUCUUCGUUUCAUGUCGUACAUAACAAAUAUGUGGUUCCAUCAGCAUGGAAAUUGGCCCAAGAUUCCCCAAGCUUAGUAUUUCAGAACUAAGGCAAUUUUGUCGUUUUUUAUGUUUCAAUUCUAUUGGUAAAUCUUAGAAGUGAUCACACGAAGUAAGCUUAUUUUUUUGUAAAAACCAGUACCCGUCAACGUCCAAUUGUACACAAUAGCUAUGGAGAUCACAUGAAUCUAUACUGGUCAUGCCAAAUGCACAACGCUAACCCCCCCCCCCCCCUCCCACAGAGGACACGUUUAUCAUGAUUUGAUGGCAUAAUGCUCAUUUUUUGCCAUUUUUAACUUUGAGAUGACGCUAAAUGUGCAACUACUUUCCACACUUCCACUUUGCUUAAUUCAGAGGUUUAAUUUUUCUUGCCCAUUUCAGAUUUCAAGGAAAUUUGUAUAUGUUUAAGGCACUGGAAAAAUUCUGUAAAGAUCCUUUCAAAAAUUUGCUCAAAAGUCUCCUAAAAUUUUCAUAAAAUCUCAAGAAAUCCAGUUGAGCAGUUUGCAGAGCAUUUUGACAAAGUCUUUGGUGCCUAUAAAUUGUUCAGUUUUAGUUGAAUAUAGAUAUUUUUGGUGCACCAUUAAAGAUACCUUGUCUGCGACUUAGGUGUCCCAUUGUCAUGCUCUGCAUUCUGGAGUUGAGCCAGUCAAUAUCCCAGUGUUAUGAAAUUCAGGGUUUGUCAACACAAUCAAUGAACUUUGAGAAAGGCUAAUGAAAUCAAAUGAAACUUUUUUGCUACACUCCAAGGCUGCCUUGUUUUAAUUGUUCUGUUUCCAAAGUGGGUUUUCAACGCUCCAGGGUAUUGGUAGGAGAAAGGAUAAACAUUUUUGACUUUGUAGAUACUGAUUUUGGUUCUGUAAUGAACUUCUGUAAUAAUUAUUUGUAGUUUUCAGACUUAAAUAAUUUUUUGCAUUUUAUUUGAUCAGAUUUAAAUGUUUUAACAAGCUAAACAAUUCUUUAAACCUCCUUCAGGAAUUUUAUGCAUAAGUAUGUUGGCUUCAACAUUAAUUGUGAUUUGCCACCAACUGGUUGGAAAAUUACCCUGGAAAGAGGUUUUUAACUUUAAUGGA